AUGGCAGCAGCCAGCACAAUUGUAGUCUCCCCAGAGUUGAAACAGCCCCCAGCUGUUGCCGACUUCCUCCAACACGCCGUCGACAUUUACCAUUUCCUGGUCUCUGUACAUCAACCUGACCAAGGAAACGGUAACGUCUUGGUUCUGGCGUCCCUCACCUCGCUGCCAAUCAAGCUGAACAGCAUCGUCGCUGCCCUUGAUCAACACGUUACCAAACAUGGGCAAUGCCGCGGCACUCUUCCGUGGGCAUGUCGCAAAGUCGGCCAAGAUCUCUUGUUGAAGCUUAGUCGCGUAAGAGCCCAUUUUGCUGGCACAGAUGUCGUGACCCGAGUUGCGUUUCGUGAGGCGUGGCCAAGAGUUGACGUCGAGGCGCUGGGAGACCGUCUGCACCAACUCGUGGGCCGUAAUCCCGACACAGCCAUCUCUUUCAACCCAGAAGCGAGCCCCAUCACAGAUGAGAAACGAAGAGAUGGUGAAGGUGACGUGUACGGGACCAAAGUGGGCUGUAGCGAAAAGAGCGUCAUGAAAGUGCCACGAAAGAGCAAAGUCGCAAAUGGUCCCGUUGGGUUAUUACAGCAAAACGUCCCAAUGCCCAGGGUGCAGGAAAAGCCGAAAUUGGCCCCUACAAGCCUGUUAUACGACUUCAUCCUCGAAAGUUUGGCGUACAAAACCAUGCACGAUAGAGAAGAGGAAGUUGUUGGAGCUCACGGGAGCACUUUUGACUGGAUAUACAACAACGCGAACAAGCAACUUGGACAUCAGUUGACGGCUUGGCUUUGCAGCGAUGGUCUUGGUCCCAUAUACUGGAUCACUGGCAAGCCUGGUUCCGGAAAAUCAACCUUGAUGCGCUUUCUGUUCGAGCAUGACUUGACCAGCGAAUACCUGGGGACUUGGGCAAACGGCCAACAUGUAUGCAUGGCGGGAUUCUUCUUCUGGACCAGCGGAUCGCGGGAUCAGCGUUCUCAGACGGGCCUGCUACGAUCACUCCUACACCAAUUGCUAUCAAGCAACAGGGAGCUGAUUCCGGAUGCGUUCCCCGAGCUAUGGCAGAAACUUCGCGUUAUGGAUACCAAGGAGCGCAUACAAUUAUCUCUCGAGUGGCCAGUUAAGGAUUUACUAUCGUCUUUCCAGAACUUGAUGGAUGCUGUCCUGCCCAGCAGGAAGAUUUGCCUUUUUGUGGAUGGUCUGGACGAGUUCGACGGGGACCACCUAGCCAUGAUCAACUUCUUCAAGCAUCUCGGCAUGGGCCAGCAUGGACACUCCAUCAAGAUGUGUCUGUCUUCUCGUCCGUGGUCCGUUUUCGAAAAUGCAUUCGAACACGCUGUCCCGCACAUGCAGCUCCAGGAUCUUACCUAUGUCGAUAUGCUCAACUACACUGCAGACAAGCUGCUGGAAAACAUGCCAAUAAGACGAUUGCUGAAGAAGCACCCUGCGUUGCGGGAAGCCAUUGUCGACGACGCCGUUCAGCGCGCCGACGGAGUGUUUCUCUGGGUGAGGCUGGCUGUGAAUGAAUUGAUUGCCGGAUGGAAACCCGACUCCGGUGCAGAUGGCUUAGUGUCCAUACUUGAGCGACUUCCGACUGAUCUUGACGACCUCUUUGCCAAGCUGCUCUUUGAAGACCGCGCCCAGUCUGAACUGGCGGAAACCGCCAUGAUUUUCGAGCUUGUCCGCGCCCGGGAGCUUGUCGCCGACUUUGUAAGAGACGACUCCGCGAAUUCGCUGACAGUUUGGGAACUUGCAUUUUCUCUGUUGGAAGAGGAUGACCCAGCGACGACAGCAUGGCAAGUUGAGCAGGCAGAAGAUCAGUUCAUACACCAUCGCUGCGAUACCACAGUCCGGCAGGUUACACACCGAUUCGCUCGUCUAUUGGACCUGCAUCACCCUACCCGACAAGGAAACUCGACAAGGCCUCGCUUUUCAGACGACACCACACGGGAUGCCAGGGUCGGCGCUGCUCAAAAAGUGACUUAUAUUCACCGCACAGUCCGCGACUGGCUCAUGGCCGCACCCGGGAUUCAAGACCGGCUAGUUUCGCAGUCGCCUCGGAAUUUCGAUCCUCACCUGCGUCUACUGCGGUCGUACGUUCUCCGGCUCAAGAGACCGCUGGAAGAAAUCGAGCAUCACCGCAGGUUGGACGAGUGGUGGCCAGACAUCGCCCUCGCGCUGACACACGCUCGGCACAUCGCCAACGACCCAAGCGGCCUGCAGCGGUCCUUUGUCAAUGAGCUCGACAAGACACUGAGUUGGCACUGGCUCGACAAGCCUCAGGACCCGUACGACCACUGGGCCAGAAACGCCUUUGGCACAUACGAGGUGCGCAUGAAGGCGUCGCCGAUAUGGCAGCCGUUUCUAUGCCUCGCCACCAAAUUCGGCCUCGCGCGCUACGUCUCUGAAGAGGUUGCUGCUCGCAGCAAGGCACAAGGCCGGGGACUUUCGAAGGAGCAGCAAGAGUUGCAGCGAGACGACGCGACGCCCCUGUUGGCGUACGCAACCGAGUUUACAUGCUCUCGCAUGAAGACCAUCUUUCCGCUCUCUGACCCGGCGCUCGUCGAGUUCCUCCUCCGGAACAGGUGUCGUAUUAACCCUGGGCCGAACCACGAGUACGCAGACUUCAUGACCCGCACGCCAAGAACGCCGUGGUUGGCGUUGCUGCGUCACUUGCGUGAUGCUCGCCGUCGAGGAUUCAUAGCCUACUAUGACGUCGAUACCGACGGUACUGCUCGGUGGGCGGACAUUGUUCAUCUGUUCUUGGAGGUUGGAGAGGCGGACAGUCAGGCCGUCAUCGCGGCCGAUAGGUGGGAUUCAGAAGUCACGGCCCUGGGCGUGCUGGAGUUGUUGGACGAGACGUAUGGCGCUGUUGAGUUGGCAGAGCUGAAGGAACUCGUGGUCGGCAAGCAACAGGGCAAAGGGGAACAAGCUCAGUACGCGCUACGGCCCAAGAAUAUCUGA